GUGGAGCACUAUAAAGCAGCCAUGUUGCUGAGUGGUGUUGGUGAUGCUCUGGGAUACAGGAACCAGCUCUGGGAGUACAAUGAGUCUGGACCAGCUAUACAUCAGGAGCUGAACGAGCUCGGUGGUCUGACGAACAUCAAGGCCGAGCUCCCUGACUGGCCGGUGAGCGACGACACAGUUCUGCAUCUGGCAACGGCUGAAGGACUGGCCACUGGCAAGCCGGGGGAGGAACUCAUGCAUGAGGUGGCUACUCGAUAUGUGGAGGGUAUGAAAGACAUGGAUGGGAGGAAACCAGGGCCUUCAAGCAUUUCUGGAGUCUCCCAGCUGAAGCCUGGAGAGGAAGGAGGCUACAGAGUGCCCUAUAAUCCAGAGGGGACGGGCUGUGGAGCGGCCAUGAGGUCCAUGUGCAUUGGUCUCAGGUAUCCAAAGCCUGACCAGCUGUUGUCAUUGGUGGCGGUUGCCGUGGAGACAGGCAGGAUGACCCAUCCUCACCCUACUGGUUUCCUGGGAGCCGUAGCAUCGGCCCUUUUUACGGCAUACGCCGUCCAGCGCAGGCCAAUCACGACUUGGGGUCUAGGCCUAUUGAACGAGGCCUGUCCAAUAGCAAAGAGCUUCGUUCAGGGCCGAGGCUUCGCUGUGGAGGAGACCGAGAGAGACUGGGACUACUUCUGUGACAAGUGGCAGUGGUAUCUGGAUUUGAGGGGUAUCUCUUGUGGAGUGGGGCCUGUGAUCUGGCCCUCCUCCUAUGGCCCGGCUGAGAGAGACGAAGCCUACAAGAGUUUCAGCCUGUCAGGCUGGGCGGGACGCAGCGGCCACGACGCUCCAAUGAUUGCGCUGGAUGCUCUGCUGGGGGCGGGUUCAGACUGGCUGGAGCUGAUGAGCAGAGCGGGCUUCCAUGGAGGAGACAGCGACAGCACAGCAGUGAUUGCUUGCUGUUGCUGGGGUCUCCUCUAUGGCACCCGAGGGGUUCCUGAAGGCAACUAUUCCAACCUUGAGUACCGGGAACGACUGGAGCGCAGCGCUGAGCAACUCUACGCCCUGUCGCACUGAGAAGACCGCCACGGCCUGCUGCAGUGUGUCCCAGCAUCUUACACUGAGGGGAAACUAGGCCACACACUGACACAUUGGCAUGGUCUCUAGUACAUCGAUCGAGAGGGCUGUCACUGAGCCAUAGUGUGGCGUCAUACUUCCCUGAAGGGGAAGCAGAGUGCCCCACUAACCCAAAGAAGAGUAAGGACUGUGCCUCACAAGGCUGGUGUAUAAAGUGGGUUUCCCCCUAGUGACCAUUUUAAAUUAACAUGCAGAAUUUAACCACUGAGUGGAACACAUUCAAGCUAAUGAGAAUGUGAAGAGAAUCCAUAAAGCCUCUGAGGAGGUAAUGACUUAAUUUUGUCAGCCUGACAUAAUCGCAAAUGUUUUAACAAGCUUCAAAUUGUCUAAUAAAAAAUAAAUGCCGGUGUCUCAUAGUGGCUG